CUAGAAUGUUGGCAAAAUCUAGUCACUUCUCACAUGAGCAAGCUGAAGACAAGUCACUUGUGAUAAACCUCUGCGAUUUCUGAGCGAUUUCUAAGGAUUUUCAAUGGCUUUUUGUCCGAAUACUUUCAACCAGAGUGGAUCAUGGAUUGGGCCUGAACACUAUACUCGUUCUAAGCGAGACUUUUCCCAUGUCAAUUCUGUUGAAGAAAUGGGCAUGGCCUCUCAUUGGAGGCCCCAGUCUGAGCAUCCAUACAAAUAUGUGCGGGCAACACGGUUUUCUUCCAGCAAGUAUUGGAAGGAGUACCAAAAGGGGCAAGCCACUUCGCAGGAGCAGCAGUACCAUGGUAUGACCAACCUGCCAACCUCAGCACCUCAGACCCUGAGAUUUGUGGGCCACUUGAUUCACCCUCAGUCAAACAGUGUCAAAGGUAGCCAGCUGGCUUCGACCGGACCUGUGGUGACUCCGAUGAGGAAGGACAUUUCCUUUGUGGGGCCUGCUCUUCCCAGCAUGAACAACCUCAUCUCUACAUCUGAUGGCACAGCUGCUUUGCUGAGACAGCUUGGACCCCUAAAGUUUGUGGGGAAUCUCAAUCUGCCAGAAGUUUUUCCUGGUCAGCAGAACAUCAAGCCAGCCCAGUCAGCUGCCAUCAUGACCCACAGAGGACUAGCAGCUCCAAGGGUCGACGUCAUGUCUUCCACAUCUGCAGCUCCUGCGAGCCUCUCCACUGGGGCCUUUGGUGAAGCCCCGACUCACUCUCAGACCACUGACAUUCACUACAGCAGAGAGGACCUUCUAAAGAUGAUCAAUCUCCAUGGUGAAAUGAUGGUCAAGUACAGAGAGCUGAGGGGUAAGGCUGAGAACGUCGAAAAGCUGAUGAUGCAGUCAGUAUGCCCUACCGAGCAUCAUGGAAAGACAGAGACCAUCCAAGACAGGAGUUUGAAAGAAGAGGCAAACGCAUUGGAUGAUCUCACUGGGGGUAUUGUUCUUCCUGAGGAUGCUAUGGAGAAACUUGAGGCUAUUCCUGGCAUUUUGGACUUGGCAAGAGAGAUGGGCUUCCUGCCUACGUGUUAAACACAUUUGGAUUUAAUUCAUAUCUAAAAUGUCAUCAUGCACUAUUAUUAUUGUUAUUUGUAUUAUCAUCAUCAUCAUCAUCAUCAUCGCCACCA